CGACCCCCCUCCCCCCAGCCAAAACCCGCAUACCUAGCUGCUCGCCGCUGCUGUUCACCCAGACCAUCGACCAUCGACCAGGGGUACUUCGUUCUUUUCUUGCCUCUCUUUUUUCCGAUCUCAUUCUGUCGUACUUUUCCGAUAUACUUACUAGGGUACUCGCCCAUCACCACCUUCGUUGAUCAACUCUCGUUAUCCUUGAUUCGUGUCCGCAGGUAAAAACACCGCCGACCUGUCACUCCACGGUAAGCAACCAGGAGCAAGUAAUUAACUCGACGCACCCUACGGCGGCAUUCGUUGAUCUGCCAUCAGCAAAACAUAUCGACCAGGGAGCCCUGAUAUACCCAUGAACUGCUCAUAAUUUCCUCUCCCCAAGUCACUCGCUCAAGGAGACAGAUCCUCCUCUUGAAUCUCAACCGACGCGAGGCGUCUUGGACUUUCGUUAUACCAUAAUACCAGAAACGAAUCGUCACCAUGGGUUUGGGAAGUUAUUUCAAGGCAAAAAAGCCGGAACCAGUGGGAGAGGUUUCGGAAAAGCCUGUCUCGACCUCAUCGCAACCAAGUUACAAUAUGGAAUUGCAACCUCCCCAGUCCAGAUUUGGUUCAUCGAGGAAUUCUCUUUCCAACCGAUCAACACAGAGUUCGACUUUCCUGGAUGACAUCAAGCAUGAGGUGAUGGUAAACUACCUUUACCAACAGCAAUGCUCGCAACUCUGGGUCAGUGACGGAAGUGGAGAGAUAGAAGGUGUUUUAUUGAGAAAGUCCAAAAACACAUACAUGGCUUGUCCGCCACAACUGGGCAAUUCCCCAUUCGCUGCAGCUUGUGCAGCACUUAAUGUUCAAGUAGGAAUAUCCAAUAUCCUUUUUGAGAAUACAACUGACCUUCUAGUGUGCAAUGACGGUCAAUUCGAGAGUGAUCAAAACCUUCCUUCAAUGGUCGCCUGAUGCUGUAGACGUCCCCUUACUUAAUGGUCUACGCAUUCAGAUUCUUCCAACAAUUGAAGAUCUUCCUCGUGCUCGCAAACAUCAAUUCGCAGCCUUUGUUGCCUCAGACGCUUUGUUGGUUGUUUGGGAUGACGAUGCCUUACACUUGGUUCAGCGUGCCAAAGCUAUCGAGUCGGAAUUAAUGGAACUUGUUUGGAAAACUAACGACGGCGAGGACGAAGAAAACAAGGAAGCGACUGCCGCAGUCUAUGAGAUUGACGAAGAAAGUGGAGAGAUCAUCCCAGAAAAGCGUGGAUUGCACUUGCAAAAUACCAUUCUGGUUGCUCUGACGCUGAUUCUGAUCAUGACAUCGCUGGGCGCUGGAGCUCGAGAACUCGCCAAGGGAGUGGCCGCUGAUGGAAAAUACACUCGACUGGCACUCCUGUCCUUGAUUCCGGUUCAAAUCUUCUUCACCCUCUUCUUUGCGCAAGUCAUCGUUGGAUGUUUGGCUCAACUGUUCGGUCCCGUUCGACAGUUGACCGUCAACUCAAAGUUCUACUCGGCUCGUGCACCACCACGAAUCCAGGGGCAAACCCUUCCUCACAUCACCAUUCAAUGCCCUGUAUACAAGGAGGGUCUGAGCUCUGUCAUCGCACCCACUGUCAAAUCCAUCAAGCAAGCCAUAUCAACUUAUGAAUUGCAAGGUGGAUCUGCCAACAUGUUUAUAAACGAUGACGGUCUUCAAAUCAUUGAUGAGGAGGAACGACGUGCCAGAAUCGAGUUCUAUGCUGAUCACAGCAUUGGAUGGGUAGCCAGACCAAAGCACGGCGACAACUUUAUCAGAAAAGGAAAAUGUAAGCUCCCAACGCCGAAUCACUUGACCAUUGCUAACAGCCUGUAGUCAAAAAGGUACGAGUUUUGAAGUUGUGAUGUUGCCGAGAAUAUUACCACAUUCCUCCGCGCUUAGCGGGAUUAAUCCUAGUCCACCCAACAAUCAUGUGAACAGAACACUAACAUUUCGGUCCAAUAGGCUUCAAACAUGAACUUCGCUCUCCACAUCUCCUGUAUGGUUGAAGAGAAAUUAUGUUUAAUUCAACGACCAGUCGAUUGGACUCAAGCAGAUGAAGCUCAAGCUUACGAAAGAUGUUUGAAAGAAGCUCUCGAAGAAAAUGGACGUGCUUGGGCUGACGGAAAUAUUCGUGUCGGUGAUUACAUCUUGUUGAGUACGUACCUUGUUGGCUUGAAGUAUAUGUGGUGAAUGCUGACAAGACUAGUUGACUCUGAUACUCGUGUUCCUGCCGAUUGCUUACUGGAUGCCUGCUCUGAAAUGGAACAAUCUCCCGAAGUCGGUAUCAUGCAAUUCUCCUCCGGUGUCAUGCAAGUCGUACACACCUACUUUGAAAAUGGUAUUACUUUCUUCACCAACCUCAUCUACACGGCUAUUCGAUACACUGUCUCCAACGGCGAUGUUGCUCCUUUCGUCGGACACAAUGCUAUUCUCCGCUGGUCUGCCAUUCAACAAGUUUCAUAUACUGAUGAGGACGGAUAUGAAAAGUUCUGGUCUGAAUCUCACGUGUCUGAAGAUUUCGAUAUGUCUCUACGUCUCCAAGUUAAUGGCUACACCAUUCGUCUCGCCGCUUGGGCUGGUGAUGGAUUCAAGGAAGGUGUCUCGCUUACUGUGUAUGAUGAACUUGCACGAUGGGAAAAAUACGCAUACGGAUGCAACGAACUCCUUUUCUAUCCAAUCCGCAAAUGGAUCUACAAAGGGCCAUUCACACCCCUUUUCCGAAAAUUCUUGUUCUCCAACAUUCGAUUCACAUCCAAGGUCACCAUUAUCUCUUACAUUGGCACCUAUUAUGCUAUUGGAGCUGCCUGGAUCAUGACAACAGCCAACUAUUUCGCAAUCGGUUGGUUUAACGGUUACUUGGAGAAAUACUAUGUCGAUUCAUGGAAAGUUUGGUUCUCGAUCAUCAUCGUCUUCAACGGGCUUGGAAACAUCGCGCUCGCAGUCAUGCGAUACAGAAUCGGCGAACGAUCCCUUCUUUAUGCGCUUUUCGAGAACUUCAAAUGGACCAUCAUGUUGGCCAUUUUCUUGGGAGGUCUUUCGCUUCACGUCUCACAAGCUUUACUCGCGCACAUGUUUGAGAUUGACAUGACGUGGGGUGCUACAUCUAAAGAAGCGGAAUUCUCCAACUUCUUCAUUGAAGUUCCCAAGGUGCUAAAGAAGUUCAAGUUCUCCAUGAUCUUUUCGAUCCUCGGCAUAGCCGGUAUGAUUAUCCUUGCGACCGCCCCCUUCGUCCCCUACGAUUGGAAGAUCAAGGAUUUCGUCGCCAUUCUCCCCAUGGCUACGGUCACGGCUAGUCAUUUGCUCUUGCCACUGGCGCUGAAUCCUGCUUUGAUGACUUUCUCGUGGUAGAUAGAUACAGGUAGCUAGCUGUAACGGGAGGAAAUCUUUUUUCUUCUUCUUCUUUCCGAUGAUUGAAAUUUGCAUAGGUGUCUUAUGGGUAGAAAAUAUGGAGAGUUUUUUUUGGUGAUGAUGGUCUU